AUGCCUUCAGGCACGAAUCAAAAGCGGCCCGUCCGCAUUGCUGGAUGUUCAGGCGGGUUCACCGAUAGAUACCUCGCACUCACGCGGAUGGCUGGCGAUCCCGAAGUCGACGCUGUCAUAGGAGACUGGCUGGCGGAGAUGACUAUGGUAGUCCACGGGACUGGCAAAGCAAAACGACAAGCCGAUAUCUCCAACAAGCGACAAUCGAAUGGAGACGCAAAGCAACUGAGCCUCGAAGAGCGCAAGAAGACAGCCAUGUAUGCGGAAACGUUCAUGCAGUGCUUUGAGCCCUGUAUUGACAAUGUGGUCAAGAACAAGACAAAGAUUUGUGUCAAUGCGGGCGCCAGUGACACAGAGCUGUUGACCGAAGUUGUUCUGCAGACGUUGAAGGAGCGUGGCGCAGGACACCUUAAAGUCUCGUGGAUCUCUGGUGAUGACGUUACGCCACAGGUCCGCAAGCUCAUCCAGAAAGGCGAGAAGUUUGAGAGCUUGAUGCACGGGAAGGCGCUAGAGGAGUUCGGAGCAGACCCAAUAUGUGCGCAAGCCUAUCUUGGUGGGCUUUGCAUUGCAGAAGCCUUCCGUGAUGGAGCUGAUAUUGUGCUCUGUGGUCGAGUUGCUGAUGCGGCACCUGUCAUUGGCGUUGCAGCUUGGUGGCAUGGAUGGAGCAACGAUCAGUUUGACGAGCUCGCUGGCGCGCUCGUUGCCGGACAUCUCAUUGAAUGCGGCUCAUAUGUCACAGGCGGCUUCUACUCUGACUUUAAAGAUCUAAUCAAGACCGGCAAACACGUGAACAUGGGCUUCCCUAUAGCGGAGAUCGAAACUGACGGCACUUUCAACAUUGUGAAAGAAAAGAACACCGGCGGUUGCGUUACGGUGCGAUCGUGCGCCUCACAGCUUCUCUACGAGAUACAGGGACCGCUAUACUACAACUGUGAUGUAGUUGCGGAUCUUACCGGUAUCAAAAUGGAACAAAUCGGCGAUGAAUUGGUCCGCGUGACUGGAGUCAAAGGUCUUCCACCUCCCCCAACAACCAAAGUAGGAAUUACGCUACCAGGUGGCUUUCAAGCGGAGUGGCACAUUUGGUUGUGUGGCCUCGACAUCAAUGAGAAGAUUCAGAUUACGAAAGAUCAGAUUCUUUAUACCAUUGGCGACGACAUCUCUCGCUUCACGAAGCUCAAGUUCCAACAGAUGGGAUCCUCGAUAUGCGACGGCGCACCGACACAAGACUUUGCGACGAUAGACUUGCGGAUAUUUGCACAAACGCGAGACCCGGAACUGCUGCGACCAGAUGUGCCAAAUGGCUUCAACCGCUGGGUUCUAGAGACGUUCCUGCAAAGCGCACCCGGUGCUUCUCUAAGCAACGACCUGCGCCAAGUUGUCCCCAAGCCAUUCUAUGAGUACUGGGUAUCACUCAUGCCGCAGUCCGAACUUGGCGUGACUGUGCACAACACGUUUGGAUCCCAGAAGACGCGGGAGCUUCCUCCGCCAGCUGUGACCAGGGAGUAUCCAAGGAAACAACAGUCGUACGAAACCAGCAACCCUGUACCGCUCGACUCGUUUGGCGAUACCGUUCUCGCACCUUUGGGCUACAUCGUGGCUGGGAGGAGUGGGGACAAAGCCAGCGAUUGCAAUAUCGGCUUCAUUGCGCGUCAAGACGAUGAGUAUAGAUGGUUGCAGAGCUUCUUGACUGUCGACCGUAUCAAGAGUUUGCUGGGUCCGCACGAGUAUACAGGCAACCCUAUCGACCGAUUCGAGAUCCCCGGUAUUCGCGCUGUUCACUUCUUGCUCCAUGAUCACCUUGACGGAGGCUACAGCCAGUGCUACAAAUUCGAUACGUUGGGCAAGAAUGCGAUCGAGUUCUUGCGCGCAAAGACAGUCGAGCUCCCUAAGAAAUUCCUGGACAGAGGCAGGAUCUAA